AUGGAUGUCGAGAUUUGUCUCAAGUUCUCAGAUAACUGGGAGGUUUCUCUAAACGUCUGCUUCUUCGUUCUUGCUCAUUGUAUUGGCCUAAUUUCUGGUAUUCCUCAUGUGUUCACUGGUCGCGCCGACUGGGCAGCGGGGCACUCGGGCCGUGGAUUUUCAGACUCCGUUUUGGUUUGUGUCGAGGCAAAGAAGAAAGAAACAUUUGGGAAUGCCGAGCUUCAGUUGACUGCGUAUUUGGCAAUCUGCUACCAUGAAAGGAAAAAAGCUAACAAAUCUGUCCCGUCUGUACAAGGCUUUAGCACUGAUGGCCGACGCUAUACUUUCCAGCUUUUGACCUCAGACGGCACGCUAUACUCUAGCAAAACCUAUAAUACUGUGGAUGAGAAGGAUCUUGAGAUUGUGUAUAAUUUCAUAGUCGAUCAAGUGCAAACUGCAAUUAAUUUGUCUCCAACAAGCACACCAGUCAAAGGAUCACACACAGAAAAGGCAGAGGCGGCUAAGACUUAUGCACAAGACACAUUUUGGGGAAUAUUCGAGCCACCUCCAUACUGCUCAGACGGCGAAGAAGAAGAACGGUCAGAACUAGAUCUUGAUACCUUUGCAUUGCGAGAACGAGGCAUGCUGAAGUGA